GCUUCUGUCUGCAGGAUGAUGUCCGAGCAGGUCAUGGAUCCCGGCGCCGGCGUGCUGGAGCUGCUGGGGGUGGUUGUGUCGGCGGGCGCCUGGCUGAGCGGCCUGGCCACCACGCUGAUGUCCACGUGGCUCACGCUGUCCACCGAGCUGCUGCCCAGCGAGAGCUACGAGCUGGGCCUGUGGGAGACCUGCGUGGUGCAGGACGUGGGCUCGCUGGAGUGCCGGCCCUACGACAGCCUGCUGGGCCUGCCGCCCGACAUCAAGCUGGCCCGCAUCCUGAUGUGCGGCUCGCUGGGCGCCGGGCUGCUGGCCUUCCUGCUGGCCGUGCCCGGCCUCGGCCUGGUCAACGGCUGCCACCGCUGGAUGCACGAUGCCGGCCAGAAGAGGGCGCUGCGGGCGGCGGGCGGCGCCCUGAGCCUGGCGGCCGGCGUGCUGGGCCUGGUGCCGGUGUCCUACAUCGCCCACAUGACGGUGCUGCGCUUCUUCGACGAGUCGCUGCCCGACGUGGCUCCUCGCUGGGAGUUCGGCGACGCGCUGUUCUGCGGCUGGACGGCCGGCGUGCUGCACCUGGUGGCGGGAACGCUGCUGCUGACGUCCUGCCUACAGAGCUGCAGCGGCCACGCCCACAACCCGCCGGCCGCCACCGCCACGCCAAGACGCCACGGCAGCAGAACCGAGUACGUCUGAGGCCCGGCCCAGAAGCGCCCGCUUUCUGUCCGGACGCCUGUCGAAGACGUUUUAGGAACGUUUUCUGAAUCACAGUUUCCAGAAACUCUCAGGACGAACUGGACCUGGAGCCACGUUGGUUCUGUCAGACAUCAGCUUCAUCACGGACGUCACUCGGUUCCGUUUGAGACAGAAUCGAUCCAGACGUUUGGUUUUGCUUCCAGAUUGUUGCGAUUUCUGUUGUUUUACCGUCAGACGUCCAGCGUUUGGCCGUAAAGGACAGCUCGCAGUGUUUUCACUAGUUUUCAGAUAUUUUCCUUCAUCGGACUCAAACGUGGUCCAUAGUUCUGUAAACUGUUUCCCCUUUUACCAAAGAAACCGAUCCGACCUGGGAUCAGUGUUUUAUGAACAGUCAUGAGUGUGAAGCUGCAGAAAUCAGUCAGAUAUCAUCAUCACUGUUUGUUGUCAGUAUUAAACCAGAUCCACGCGUCUUCUUGUCGCACAUUUUAAUGUUUUUUGUGUUUUUCAGUGUAGAACGUGUGAAAGUUUAAAUGUUUGCACCGUUUGAGGUUUUCUGGACACAAACUGUCGUCAGAUUAAAACUAGAAUCCAGUUUUUGAGGCUCCACAGUUCAAAAAAGAAGAAAAACCGUUCAGAGCUGAGGAGGAAUCAGAUCAUGAGUCUUGUUCACCUGCAGCUCAAACGAUCCGCCAGUCGGAGUUAAAGUUUUAUUUUAGCUUUAAAUCGUAAAGACAGGAAACGCUGAAUCAUCUGAUCGGCUUCAUUCAGUAAGAUGUGAAGUCUUUCACCAAAACGUCCAGAAGAACCAAACGGAGGAAACGUUUCUACUCUUCAGCUGUUUGUGUUUCAAUCACGAGUCGGACCAAAGAGACGAAGCCGCUGCUUCCUGCUUUCUGACUUCAGCUUUCUCGCUUUGUUUUUAUCUCGAGCUGCUUCUGAACCUAAACGCGACUUAAUCUCAGCGCUUCUGGGAACAAACAGGAAACGUUCUGACCUUCAGGUGAGAAAAAAGCAGAUUUGGAGAAAAGAAAGAAUCUGAAUGUUUGCUUCUGAAGCUGCUCCAGUUUGUUCAAUCAGAUCCACACCAAUGAUUGGUUAUUGAUGAUCAAAGUUGUGAAUGUGAUCAGCAUGUAAAUGUAGAAUAAAGACCUGAGAGAAGUU